AUGGGUUUCUCAAGGACUGAUAUUCCCCCGCCGCUUCCGCCUUGCAAUGCGAUCGCACUGUCGUACGACACAACACUUGACAAGCGGAUGACAGGCCAGAAGUACUCCAGAGUGCUCUUAAGAACCUUGCCGACAUACGUAUCGAUCGAAGACCAGGCUAGCUGCCACUGGUUCCACCAACUUUCACGCAAGUUUGAGGACUGCAAAGAUAUCAGGAGUGCUCCCAUCAACGCCAUCUGCGACAUUCUAGAAGACAGGUCAAAGUUCGAUACGCAGCAUAUCUUUAUCGACAUUCAAGACACUCACGACGUUCAUCUGCCGCAUCGACUUCUACCAGUCGACGAGCUAUUUUAUACCGUCGCCAAGAAGUUCACCGACUCGAACACGGCAUACAGAGUCAAAACAUACGUCUUCAAGGAGACGGUUGGACUCCUCGCUAGCGCCAGUUACUCAGAUGCCGACAUCGUCACAUUCGACUCGCUCCAGCCGUUGUCCCACUUUCUUUACAUUACCAGAGUUGACAUCGACACGCAACGAUUCAUUAGUCUAGGCGACGAGGACCUCAUGAGCAUCGCUGUAUGCUGGCCUUCCCUGCAAAUUCUAAAGCUUAACUCUUCGUACGGCUGGGGUUCUCCGGAUCACUACCACCCGUCUCUGGCCCGGCGCCCAACGCUCACGGGGAUCAUCCGUCUGCUCUUUGCGUGCAGCGAUCUACGACAGCUGCACAUAUCGAUCGACGGGACCUCUAUCAGCGACGCGAUCAGGGUUUUUCAACCUUGUGUUCCCAUCCCGGAGCACCGCCUCAGGACCAUCGACCUCCUCGACUCUACCUCUGGCGACGCGAGGGACAUCAAACAAGCUGCUAUCCUCCUUAGUCGUAUAUUGAAGCAAGCAGAUAUAUCUGCGUGGACGAAUGACGCUUUUACUACAGGGCUCAGGGAUGCGCAUGCGAGUUGGUGGCACCGUGUUAUCGAGUCCAUUCAAAGAUCAAAGGGCGGGGCUAACGAAGAAUCGAGGUCUGUCUUUUCCACAUUUCAAAGGGCUUGCAAGGCAGUGGGAUACAAUAGGUCUCGUCGUUAA